AUGCCUUCUAACGAACAGGGACCCGAGCGCCGCACAUCGGUGGCUCAACACCGCCGGCUUUCACAUCAAUUUGAGAGACGCGCUUGGCUAGCUCCUCCAUCAGAUGCCAUCUAUGCAGGUAUUUCGGGCUUCUUUCCAACAAAUCAGCCCUGCACCAUCGCCAUCGUCUUCCGCGAUACCACCUACAUACUGGACUUCAUCGAGAAGGUGUUUGACAUCCCCAAAGAUAAACAAGAAGCUGAUGUAACAACAAAUUUUAUCAUCUCGGAGCUUAGGUCAUAUGGAGAAAGACACUUGGAGAAGAUUAUGGGUGUGGCAAUGCCCGAAAUUGUCACCGAUCAAUGCCCUAAGCUCUGCUCGCGCCUAUGGGCAGAACUCGACAUCCUUCCCCUGGUGCUUCCAGAAUCCAUCAUGACCGAUCAAUGGAUCUCACGUGUCCCAAAGGGCCAACGGGAAGGGGAUCCAAGAACGAUUGACGAGCAGGCGGAUUCUAUGUCGCGAAAAUGCGUGCGAUUAUUUGGCCCGGAGAACCUCCCCUUGCUACAGGUGGGUUUCAUGGGCCUCGUGGAAGUUGACACUGGUUUCCAUGUGCGAAUGACAGACCUUGAUGAUUUCAAGUCAACUGUCUCCUCCAGGACGUGGUCUGCCGUGGAACACUACGCCGCAGACCUGAAGGAGAGAAAUAUUAGUAUUGCCUUUUUCAGUGCGACUCCUCAGGGUGGGGGAGUCGCGCUGAUGCGGCAUGCCCUCGUGCGAUUUUCUCAUCAUCUGGGCACAGACAUCAAGUGGUAUACACCGAAGCCGUCACCGGGGGUGUUCCGCGUAACCAAAAACAAUCACAAUAUUCUACAGGGUGUUGCAGAACCUGGAGAAAGGUUGACCGUCGAGAAUCAAAAGUUGAUGCGAGAAUGGAUUGAAGAGAAUGCCAAGCGAUACUGGCUCAGGCCUGGCGGUCCCCUGCUCCCUCCAUCAGAGGGCGGAGCAGAUGUGAUUAUCGUGGAUGACCCUCAAAUGCCCGGUCUCAUACCCAUUGCCAAAGAACAAGCACCAGACCGGCCAAUCCUGUUCCGCAGUCAUAUUCAAAUCCGCAGUGAUCUCAUCAAGGAGCCUGGAACCCCUCAGGCCGAAGCAUGGGAGUUUUUGUGGAAUCAAAUUAAGCUUGCGGACUGUUUCAUCAGUCAUCCCGUAAGCGCAUUUGUACCAAGCAACGUCCCACCCGAGAUAGUUGGCUAUAUGCCGGCAUCGACUGAUUGGCUGGAUGGAUUGAACAAAAACAUGCGCGACUGGGAUAUAGCCCACUAUGGCCGCAUCUUCAAUGCAGCCUGCAAGCUUGUGGAGAUGACAACUAUUAAUUAUCCCGAAGGUGAAUACAUCGUGCAGAUCGCACGGUUUGAUCCAUCCAAAGGGAUUUUAGAUGUGCUGAAGUCGUACGAGAAGUUUCACGACCGGUUGGCCAAUGACCAGCCUUCUCUUACACCUCCAAAGCUUGUGAUUUGCGGCCAUGGCUCGGUGGAUGACCCUGACGGAUCGCUGAUUUACGAUAUAGUGAUGGAUCAUAUCGAACAGAAUAUCCCACAUCUCCGGAAUCUGAUCUGUGUCAUGCGGCUGCGGCCUUCGGAUCAGAUUUUAAACGCUCUCCUCUCCAAGGCUACCAUUGCGCUUCAAUUAUCUACCCGUGAGGGGUUCGAGGUCAAAGUCUCUGAGGCAAUCCACAAGGGUAAACCGGUGAUUGCCACCCGUGCUGGUGGAAUCCCGCUGCAGGUUGAGGACAACAAAAAUGGAUUCCUGGUGGAUGUCGGUGACACCGAUGCCGUUGCACAGCAUUUGUAUGAGCUGUGGACGGACAAAGCCCUUUACCACCGUAUGUCGGAGUAUGCACGCAGCCACGUCUCUGACGAGAUGGGCACGGUGGGCAACACCCUUCUCUGGCUCUAUCUCGCCUCGAAAUUUUCCAAGGGCGAGCCUGUAAAGCCGAAUGGGCGCUGGAUUAACGACAUGGCCUUUGAAGAACUUGACCUUCCGUCGCUGGUAGGUGUUAACCAUCUCAAGCGAGCAGUGCAGGUGCAGAACAUGGGGUAG